AUGAGUCUGCGUCUCGCUAGCCGUCGGCUAGCCAUCCCCACCCCCCAGCGCCGCUCCAAAUGGGCCGUCAACGCCUUCAAAGGCUGGGGUAGGUCGGGCCGGAGCGACGCCGCGCCCGCCAAGCCGCAGGACCGCGUCUCCCCCGAGCUCGACGACCCCAAGCAGCGCAUCGCCUUCCUCGGGCGCAACAUGCAAGGCUCCGUCGCCGACAACAUCUUCCAGGACGAGAUCGACGCCGCCAAGCCCCCGCCCGCCGCCGGCGACGACGACGACGCCGGCCGCUCCGCCACCGCCACCCCCGCGGAGCAGAAGACGCGCGAGGUCGUGGCCGUGGUCGCGGAUCCCGACCCGCGCAGCAGGAUCCGCUGGCAGCGCCGCAAGGUCGUGCAGAUGGUCCGCGGCAACGGGCGCGUGUCGCGCGGCCAGCGCAUCGCCAUGACGGAGAGGCAGCUGCUGCACAGGAGCGACUUCAUGCCCACCAGCGUCAAGAAGCUGGUCAUGCUGUCGCGCCAGAUCGCCGGCAAGAACGUCGACGACGCCAUCACCCAGAUGCAGUGGAGCAAGAAGAAGAUGGCCGCCGAGAUCAAGUACCAUCUCGAGGAGGCGCGCGACCUGGCCGUUGCCCAACGGGGCAUGGGCUUGGGCAAGGUCAAUGGCGAGCUGCUGGCGCAGCCCAAGAAGAUCCAGGCGAGGGAUGGCAAAUGGAUCGAGGUGACGGAUCCCACCGGAAUCUACAUUGCCCAGUCGUGGGUCGGCCGGGGCCCUUGGAGGGGCAAGUCGCUCGACUACAAAGGUCGCGGCAGAAUGGGCAUCAUGCAGCAUCCGAGCACCAGCUUCACCGUCCUCUUAAAGGAGGAAAAGACGAGAAUACGAGAGCACGAGGAGCGCGAGGCUAGAAAGCACGCCAAGGGACCCUGGGUGCAUUUACCAGACCGCCCCGUCUAUGGGCAACGACCCUACUACUUGUGGUAA